AUGCAGAUGAUGAGUUGGGCACAAAUUGGCAUUCAGUGCCACGAUAUGAUCCGGCCCAAAUCAGCUCUGAGUUCCGAGGUCGACAAUCGCAUUUCAUGUCAGCAACUUCAGAACAGUGGUCCAGUAGCCAAGGCAUUCAGCUUGCGAUGUCUCGUGCGGCGGAAAUUAGAGCAGGUCAUCGACAAGGCACUGACUUGGUUAUCUUGGAUAUUGAGUUCAGCCCGAAGUGGUCAGGUUAAGGAGGUUGCACUUAUCGAGUACGUAUCCGGACGAGUCCUCUUAGGCACAUUGGUCAAGCCCAAUGCACAUCCGGAGCUCUCUCAAUUGAAAUUAGCUUGGAGAAGAGGUUUAAUCGAUCAGUUGUGGUCCAGGAAGCUCGACUCUUCUGGCACAAACACUGAUCAACUUCUCGAUGUCUGGGCUAUCGCCGAGGUCCUUGAAGAUUCUGGAGUUACAAAAGAUUCCGUCAUUUUGGUCUGGCAUUCAACAUAUUACGAUUUGACCUUGUUGGACAAGUUCUUGGAAUCUGCUGGAGCUAAUUCGCCGCUGCCAUCGAGGGAAAACUGUGUUCGCCUGGUGCCUCACGUUCGCGCAAAUGUGCCUUCUCUCAACGGGAGACCCUUCUCUGCGGCUCUAUCCACAAUGUUUCCCGUUCUAUAUCCCCGCCAUGAAUUGGUUGGGCGUAACCGUCGAGCCUUAGUGGAUUGUCAGCAAACCCGACUUAUCAUGACGGCUUUUGAAGAGUUUGCCAAACCAAUCGGCAGUCCUGGGAGGCUAGAAUUUUCUGACAUUAAACCCACGCAGCAGACUCUGGAGAACUGGUUGGGUGACCCAACUCUGGUCUCCCAUCACCAAGAAACCCAGAAUCGGGCCGAUGGACUGACAUCUGACUGA